AGAAAGAGGGGUGAAUGGAACGCGAAAGAGGGGAGGAAAAACAUGAAGGUUCCUUCCGGUUGGAACGUUCAGCCGCUGCAGGGCAAGAGAUGAAUGGAGGCCGCGUGAAAGAAGCUCCUAGGCAUUGGGCAACGCCCCUACCUCUAAUUACUUGCCACCUUGCAAAUUUCCUGUAAUCCCAAAAGGCACCCUGGGACGCUUUGGAAGGCAAGGCGGAUGGUUGGCCAUUAACCUUGUGCAGGAUGGCGAUGGAAGAGGGAGCCCUGUUGGAUUUGGGCCCCGCAAUCCAGGCCGGACGAAAGCCAGAGGUGACCUCGGAUGAAGAAGUGGAGGAGCAGGAAGAGGAGACAGAUGUGCCAGCUGAGGAGGAGGUGGUGGGGUGGGAGGACGCCUGGGAGGACACCACAGAUGCCAGAGCGGGAGCGAAGGGGAAGGGAUGUGCUGAUUCCUUCCAAGCUGGAAGUACCAGAGCUUUUCUGAUAAGCUCCCCAAGAGACUUGUAUAAAGAAGAGUUGGACCUGGGGGUUCCCAUCUCAGAGGAGACCCAGUGGAAAGACUUCCUUAAGACAGUGGAGGCUCCGGGACUCGGCUGCUCAAGCCUACAAGAACUGAGCUCCUCUCUCCACAAUACUUCUGCGAUACUUCCAGCCUCCGUCAAGGUAAAGGCCAAAGGCACCCACUUCACCGAAGAACGGGAGACCCAAACCCAGCCCGAUUUCGGUGGGGAAUCCCAAGAGCCCCACCGAAACCUGAAACCCUCCGAGCUGCCCAAAGAAGAGCUUCCAGAGGCGGACGUUGUCGUUUCAGAGAUUCAACGCCAGCACUUCCGCCAGUUCCGCUACCAGGAGGCCGCAGGUCCCCGUGAGGUCUGCAGCCGUCUCUGGUUCCUCUGCUGCCGUUGGCUGAAGCCGGAGAGACAAACCAAGGAGCAGAUCCUGGAGUUGCUGAUCCUGGAGCAGUUCCUGGCCAUCCUGCCCCCCAAACUCCAGAGCUGGGUGGUGGAGGGUUGCCCCCAAACCUGUGCCCAGGCAGUGGCUCUGGCCGAGGGCUUCCGGCAGAAGGAAUGGGUACCUGAGACGUUGGAUGAGCAGGUGUCAGGGAACGAGCCAGCUCUGAAUUUUUCUGGGUCUGAGCAGAAGUCCUUGGAUUGUCAACAGGGAGAUGACAAUGGAGUUUCCAACAUCCAUGGUGAAUCUUUGAGGAGCGCUGAUAAAGCCACCGAUCUGCCAGAAGUCUCAGGAGAAAGCACCAAUGGGGUAGUGACGGGGAACUCACACCUGAAGAAUUCCCAAAAUGGUGAUCUGCAAGAAGUUCCCAGCAUUUGGCAAGGAUUUGAAGGGGAACGUUCUCCAGAGAAGAACACUGGGAAGGCCGUUCUUUCUGAAGGCAUUGAGCUCAUCGGAGAAAGCACAGAUCCGAAGAGAGUCCGUCGGGUGAACAGCGAGUCUGCCAGAGUAGCCGACGAUAACGCAGAUAUCAUCGAAUUUCAGGUAACCCACAUGGGGAACAUGCCUUAUAAGUGUCCAGAUUGUGGGAAGAGUUUCAAUUACAGCACCAGCCUGGUUAGACACCAGAGAAUCCAUACCGGAGAAAAACCAUACAAAUGUUUAGAUUGCGGCAAAUGUUUCUGCCAGAGCUCGGGCCUCACAAUUCACCAGAGGAUCCACGCAGGGGAGAAGGCCUACCAGUGUUUGGAUUGCGGGAAGAGUUUCCGCGUGAAGUCGCACUUGAUCAGGCAUUCCAUCAUCCACAAAGGGGAGAAGCCGUACAAGUGUCCGGAAUGCGGCGUCAGCUUCUGCGAACGAUCGGAGCUCCGAAUCCACCAGAGGAUCCACACGGGAGAAAAACCGUACCACUGUGCCGACUGCGGGAAAAACUUUUGCCGGAAGGCGGAUCUGACUCUCCAUCAGAGAAUCCACACCGGGGAAAUGCCUUACACGUGCUUGGAAUGUGGGAAAGGGUUUCGCUGGAGCUCCAAUCUCAUCACCCACCAGAAAACCCACACCGGAGUGAAGCCGUUCGAAUGCGCCGAGUGCGGGAAGAGUUACUACUCCAACAUGAGUCUCGUCCGACAUCAGCGGGUCCAUACCGGAGGCACCCCGUAUAUCUGUUCGGACUGUGGGAAAAGUUUCUGCGACAGCACCAGCCUCACCCGGCACCAGAAGAUCCACACGGGGGAAAAACCGUACGUCUGUCCGGAGUGCGGGAAAAGCUUCAACCGUAACUCGAACCUCAUUUCCCACCAGAGAACUCACACGGGGGCCAAGCCGUUCCUUUGUACCAAUUGCGGGAAGAACUUCCGGUCGAAAUCGGAACUUCAUCGGCAUUACACGGUUCAUGCGGGAGAGAAAAACGAAAAGAUUUUGGCAGAGGACACUCUGGAGGGUCCUGUUCAUGAGAAAACCACCAGCGAACAGGGAAUUAGGAAUGAAUAGAGGCAGGAGGGCAGGAGCGUGUGGCAAAGGAAAAGUAGACCAUCCAGAACAAACUUGAGAUUUUCAAUAAUUCUUGGAAAUCAUCCAGUUUUGGCCCUAAAGCAUUUGGUGGUGCCAUCCAGCCCUUUGUAAAACUGUUGAUCGUCCCUACGGCUGAUUUUCUUCCUUGUUUUUCUUCCUCUACAACAGGGGUCUCCAAACUUGGCAACUUUAAGACUUGUGGACGUCAGCUUCCAGAAUUCCCCAGCCAGCUGUGGGCGUUGAAGCACAGAAGUUGAAUUCUGGGUAUUGAAGUCCACAAGCUGAAUUGUGGGAAUUGAAGUCCGCAAGUUGAAUUGUGGGAAUUGAAGUCCUCAAGCCAGCUUUGCUGACUGGAGAAUUCUGGGAGUUGAAGUCCACAAGUGGAAUUGUGGGAACUGAAGUCCUCAAGCCAGCUUUGCUGACUGGAGAAUUCUGGGAGUUGAAGUCCACAAGUCUUAAAAGUUGGCAAGUUUGGAGAUCCCUGCUCUACAAUUUAUUUUAUGGACUAUGUUUUUUUUAAAACAAAAAACAAAAACAAAACACGCACACUUGCCCCUCCAGUUGUUUGGGAAAACAAUCUAAUGUUUACAUCAGGAAUAUUUGCUCCUUUGAUACGGAAUUAUGAAUGUUUAUUUUUAUACGGUAUUUUCAGGGAAAAGGGGUACAUUUUUGUCUAAGGCGCUUAUGUCCUUGCAUAGAGACCCCCUCUGCUGGCUGAUCCUUGUUAGAUUUCCUCUCUAUCAAGGAGACCUUGUACAGAUUUCAGAUUUUUCUUAAAAAGGAAGUGGGGAAUAUAGCUCUUAAAACGUUGGACUAAAGAUUCCUUUAUUGUCUACAUUGACUAGGGGCUCAUGUGGGAUACCAGGUAAUCUUUCCAGGAUCUGUAAAUCUGGUUGAUAAUCCCUCUUGAAGGCCGAGCAGGAAACUGCAUUUUCUAGCUUGGAUCUCCCUGGAGUAGUAUUUUUCAACCUUGAUAGCUUUAAAUUGUGUGGACUUCAACUCCCAGAAUUCCCCAGCCAGCCUUGCUAUCUGAGGAAUUCUGGGAAUUGAAGUCCACAGAACUUAAAAUUGCCAAGGUUGAGAAAUACUGCUCUAGGACCCUUUAUGUGAUUAAAUCUUAAAAGAGAUUUGCUCUUGUACGUCAACAGUAUAUAGGAAUGAUAGUCCCUGGCUUCUACUUUAUCCACAUAAUGUGAUUAUUUUUUUCUGGAAGUACUUAAUUAAGUUAUUAGGAAGGGCCAAAGAAGGCAUUUAAAAUAUGGUUUAAAACAAAGCAUUUGUGUUUUUCUGUUCUGCUCGCCUAGUGGUUCCUAAUCAUCUUCUGUAGCUUUCUUCUGAAUACUUUUGAGAAAAAAAUAUCCCUUUAGUGUAUUAUGCUUUGCAUGAUAUUUCCUCAGUUGUCACUUGCUUUUUCCCUCCUUUUAUAAUUACGUGUUAUUAUCAAUUAACUGAGUAAAACUCAUUAAAGAGCUAUUUCUGGCA